UUGCGUUGGACAAGCGACUUUUGACAAUAUUGUGACACAGGCGAUGCCUGCGGAACAAACCCAAAUAGGUGGCGCUUUGAACAAUGAAACGUUGAAACCGACGAACGAAACGAGCUUAUCGUAUAUAGGAGUGACGAUCGUCAGCUCAGCAGUACACAGCUCGUCACAGUGGACAGGGUGUUGGUGUGGAGCUCAAAAAUCCGAGGCAGUUUAGCGAGCCGCUCGAGAAGAGAAGAACCGCGUAAUCGUAAAUACACAAAUACAACUAUAGAAGAUGUCUGCUCCAACUCUGGAUCAUGUCGACUCAGUGGACGAGGAUUUGGAAGUAGAGUCAAAUUACAAGCCACCACCAGAGAAGAGCAUCGAGCAAAUUCUUGAGGCUGACAAGGAGGAUGAAAGUCUGAGAAAGUACAAGGAAACUCUGCUAGGAGAGGCAAAAGCUGGUGGUGUAGUUGUUGAGCCCAAUGACCCAAGGAAAGUCAUCGUUAAGAAGCUUGCACUGUGUGUCACAGAUAGACCUGAUAUGGAGCUAGAUUUGACGGGUGAUUUGACACAGCUGAAGAAACAAACAUUUGUUAUUAAAGAAGGAGUCAGUUACAAAAUUCGUAUUGAUUUUAUUGUACAACGAGAAAUUGUCCAUGGUUUGAAGUAUGUGCAGAAGACUUACCGCUUGGGUGUACCAGUCGAUAAAAUGACGCACAUGGUUGGCUCAUAUCCUCCGAAAAAGGAGAUCCAGUCUUACACGACUCCUGCCGAAGAUGCGCCGGCCGGUGUGAUGGCUCGGGGCUCUUACACCGUCAGUUCCCUGUUUACCGACGACGACAAAAACGAACAUCUUAAGUGGGAGUGGUCGUUCGACAUCAAGAAGGACUGGAAAGAAUAAAGUGGGAACAUUUUUCUCUCGAACAAAAAGAAAAUCCGCUGAUUAAGAUCCAACGAUGGUAUUCGUUUCGCCUUCGUUUUGACCAACGUUAUAAGGAAUUACGGUUAAGGACGGAUAAAUUCUUCGUAUGCCAAAACGUAUUGGAUGAAUUUCAAUUGCUUUUGCGAUUUCGCUGUUAGCGGCGCGUCUAGUAAUGCCAUAAUUUUUGAUGAUUAUUACUAUUAAUUAAUAUUAUUGUUGAGCAAUAAGGGCGCUGAUUGAUUUUUAAUUAGUACUUUAUUUUUGCUUUAUACUGUAUACUUUGUAGCUACAUUACGUUCUGUGAAUGUGUGUUCUGUGUCCAUAGUUUCGCGAAAUACUGGCGUUAAACUGUUAAAGUAUACAUAUGUAGGAGGUUAACAAUGUUAUUUAUCCAUUGCAUUUUAAAGAGUAAAAGUGCUAUAUACAGAGUAUUAAAAAUUCCAAUAAGAAACAUAGUGCCGAUUAUACACAUAAGAGUCUUAAGAAAAUUUGUGCACAACGAAUGAACCUGUUAUAAAUAUGAAUAAUAUAUUCUUGACGAAAAUUUAGAUCAUUUCAGGGAAUUGUCAAUUUUAGAGAAACCAAACAAGUGCAAUACAAUCCGUAAAUACGACGUACAACGAGUCCCUUGUUAAAGGAAUUUUGAUUCUUAUAUAGAAAAAGCUAUAGGGAUUGGUAAAUAUUUUUUGAUAUUACCUAUCAGAUGAACGUAAGAUACGGAUUUACCUUUUUAACGUUCCCAAAUUUAGCUGUUAGAGGAGUACGUUACGUGUUUUUAGCAUGUUGCACUUUUAUAAGAAGAUUUUUACACAUAAAUACAGACACACAUACACGCGUACCCACACGUAGUACAAGUACAUUUUUUGCACUGACCAUAAUACAAUCUUGUCAAAGGUAAACGAUUGAUGCAACAUUGAGCGUGAACCGAAAAUGGUACUAUAUAAGUAGCAUAUAUUAAAAGUAUGCAGGUAUGAGAGAAUUAUUGGUGCAAGUUUUGCAUAAUUGCAAAUUAUGUAUACAAGAAGAUGCAUUUGUUUAUGCAUACGCAUUGAUAACAGUAUACUAUAUAUAUAUAUAAUUAAUAUAUAUGUAUACACGUUUGUGAACACUGUACCCGUGAAUACAGUUACUGCAGCAAAUAUACGUUUUUCUACUAUCACUUCCAGUAGUUACUUCCAGAAUUCAAAUAUCAACAUUAAUUUUUUUUAAUUUUCGUAAUUUCAUAAUUACGUUUACCAUCCUAAUUUGUUUAUUUAAUUUUUUUUCAUAUUAUCGAUCGCAUUAAUAUAACUAUGCACUCUCACGCUAACUGUUUAGCAUAAAUGUAAAAAAUCGUACUAUUGAUGAAUUUUUUCAUCCAUCGAAUUGAAUAAAGCACUUCAUAUGUAUUUUUA